AUGGCAGGGUUUCUCAGAGGCGGUGGCUCCGGUGGCGCCGGCUACGGUAGAGUCAGCAGCGGCGCAGGAGGAAGCAACCCUUAUGGCGACGGUGGCAGCAAUCCCUAUACGUCUGCUUCAUCUGGACGACAAGCUGCGGCGGGCUAUGGCGGUGGAGGAGCAGGCUUUGGUGGUGCUGGUUUCUCAGCAGGUGACGUUGGCAAUACACAUCGCUCCAGCGGCGCUGCAGGUUAUCGCGGUGGUGGAGCUGGCUUCUCGGGCGGCGCGGGCGGUGCUGGCUAUGGCUCGGAAAAAGCACCACCCCAACGUGUUCCUCGCAACGGCCAUCUCAUCGUCAAGUGCCCCGAGCAGCUCAUCCAAUCCAACUGCAUCGUUGUCAAUGCCCAGGAAUGGGGUUCCACGCAAUACGUGCUUGUCAACGGUAUGAACGUCUUCACCGCUACAUCCGAUACAACAGGCACGAUCCAACCGGGCACGCUUGGCACAGCACUGCUGCAACGACAGUGGGCUGGUCUUUCUUUCCCCGGUGACGUCGUUCAGGCCGAGAGCUACGAUCCGUUCGCGUUCGGAAACAGCGUCUAUCUGGGCAGCAUCGACAUCGAGGUGGCCUACCUGAGCAAAGGAGAGGUCGCGCCGCAAGCAUAUGAUACCGAUGAGAUGGCCAAGCGAUUUACGCGCGCCUUCGAGAACCAUAUUUUCACCGUUGGCCAGCUGCUCGUGUUCGAGUUCAAAGGCAUGAACAUGAAGGCUGUUGUCACAGGUGUGGAUGUCGUCGAGCUGCACGAGAUCCAAGGAGGCAACAACGCACCGCCCGGCAAGCAUGGCGCGUCUCACCAAAGUCAAUCCGACCGUGGCAUUUUGAUUGCUCAGACCCAAGUCAACUUCGCUGCCGCACAGAAUGGUGGAGUCAAGCUUAAGGCUUCCGCCAACCGUCCCCCGCCCAACGCAAUCUUGCAACCGAACUUCAAAUUUGAGGAUAUGGGUGUUGGCGGUCUCGACAAGGAGUUCGCCAACAUCUUUCGACGAGCUUUUGCCUCUCGAAUUUUCCCGCCGGCGCUCGUUGAAAAGCUUGGCAUCCAGCACGUCAAGGGUAUGGUGCUCUAUGGCCCUCCUGGUACCGGUAAGACGCUGCUUGCUCGCCAGAUUGGAAAGAUGCUUAACGCUCGCGAGCCCAAGAUUGUCAAUGGUCCCGAAGUGUUCAACAAGUACGUCGGUGGUAGUGAGGAAAACGUCCGCAAGCUCUUUGCCGAUGCAGAGGCAGAGCAAAAGGCCAAGGGAGACGAAUCGCAGCUGCACAUUAUCAUCCUUGACGAGCUCGAUGCAAUGGUAAGACAGCGUGGCUCCGGCGGAGCGGGUGCCACCUCAGCGGGCGACAACGUCGUCAACACGCUUCUUGCCAAGCUUGACGGUGUCGAACAGCUUAACAACAUUCUUGUAAUCGGUAUGACGAACCGACUCGACAUGAUCGACGAAGCACUCCUCCGUCCCGGUCGUCUUGAGGUGCACGUCGAAGUCAGCCUGCCCGAUGAGUUUGGCCGUCGCCAGAUUCUCAACAUUCACACAAGCAAGAUGCGCUCCAACGGCGUCAUGGACAGCGACGUCAAUAUUGACGAGCUGGCUGCCCUAACCAAGAACUUUUCUGGUGCCGAGAUUGCUGGUCUCAUCAAGUCUGCCACUUCCUUCGCUUUCAAUCGCCACGUCAAGGUGGGGACCAUGGCUGGUAUUUCAAACGACGUCGAGAACAUGAAGGUGCAGCACCAGGACUUCUUGAAUGCGCUAGAAGAAGUCAAGCCGGCCUUCGGUGUCGCCGAAGAGGAGCUAUCGCAAGUGGUGCAAAACGGCAUCAUGCAUUUUGCCCCACAUAUUGACGUAAUUCUCCGCGAUGGUCACCUUCGUGUCGAGCAAGUACGUACGUCGCAGCGAACACCACUCGUCACCGUCUUGCUGCACGGCCCUCCCGGCUCGGGUAAGACUGCGCUUGCUGCCACCAUUGCGAUUGCCUCUGACUAUCCUUUCAUAAAGCUCAUUUCGCCCGAAAGCAUGAUCGGAAUGGGCGAUGCACAAAAGAUCAACUACCUCAACAAGGUGUUCAACGAUGCUUACAAGUCACCCAUGUCGAUCAUUGUGAUUGACAACAUCGAAAAGAUUGUCGAGUGGGUGCGCAUCGGCCCUCGAUUCUCCAACUCGGUACUUCAGGCGCUUGCUGUUCUGCUGGGCAAGCGACCACCCAAGGACAAGCGACUGUUGGUGCUGGCGACAACGUCGAACAGAACCAUGCUGCACGAGAUGGAGAUGCUCAACGCCUUUAUUGCCGAGAUUCGGGUGCCCAACAUUACGUCGCUCAGGAGCGUUGAUCAUGUGGUGCGACAGAUGCAGCUGUUCGACAACGAGAACGAUAUCCAGAGAUGCCAGCAAUUGCUGGCCCAGGCUGGAUUGGGCGAGGAGGGUCGACUCAACAUUGGCAUUAAGAAGUUGCUGUCCGAGAUCGAGAUGGCCCGACUCGACAACGAUCCUGCAGACCGACUUGCCUCGAGCUUGUCGAGCGUGCAGAGCACGGCCAUUGAUGUAGACAUUGACGUGGGGCUCAACUAG